UUACAGGGGCAGGCGGUCGCAUUAGUGCCAGGCUGUUGCGGGGCUUCAGUCCCCGCCGACGCCUGCCGCAGCCAGGACUUCACUCCCGCCGCACCUCGCUCCCUCUGCAGCCAUGCCGCAGGUGAAGAUGCCAGCCAAGGAGAAACAGAUGGACGAGGCGAUGCGCUCCUUUGCCGAGAAGGUGUUUGCCUCGGAGGUGAAGGACGAGGAGACCCGGCACGAGAUCUCGCCCUUCGACGUGGAGGAGAUCUGCCCCAUCUCGCACCACGAGAUGCAGCAGCACCUGAUCCAGCAGGAGAGCCAGGCCUCGCCCGAGAAGCAGAAGAAGCGGCUCCGCCUGAAGACCAUCGCGCUGGUGAUGCCUGUGGCCAAGAGGUCGUCCACCAAGCUGUCCACCAUUGACGAGGUCACGUCCGCUUCGUCGCUCUACCUGGCCGUGCCGAACUUCCAGCGUGUCCAGACCACCUGCGACUAUGCCUCAGGGGUGACGGUGGAGGACUUCGAGGUGGUGUGCCAGGGCCUGUACCGCGCGCUCUGCAUCCGGGAGAAGUACAUGCGGCGCUCGCUCCAGCGCUUCCCGUGCACGCCGGCCCAGUACCUGCGCGCCAUCGAGGAUGAGGUCUGGACCGCUGACCAGAGCUGUGGCCCAGUGUUCAAUCCCCCGCUGAAGGAGGGGGAGGACCCGUUCCAGUCGGACAACCUCCCCGAGGACCUGGGCUACCACGUACAGAUGCAGGACGGCGUGGCCUACGUCUAUGCUGACGCCGCGGCGCCCGGCCGGGGCCAGCCCAAGGACCUGCCCUACCCUGACCUGGAGGGCUUCAUCAACGACAUGAACUUCCUGCUCGCUCUCAUCGCCCAGGGCCCUGUCAAGACCUACGCCCACCGGCGCCUCAAGUUCCUGUCCUCCAAGUUCAAUCUGCACGAGAUGCUGAACGAGAUGGAGGAGCUGAAGGAGCUGAAGAACAACCCCCACCGCGACUUCUACAACUGCCGUAAGGUGGACACGCACAUCCACGCCGCGGCCUGCAUGAACCAGAAGCACCUGCUGCGCUUCAUCAAGAAGUCGUACCGCGUGGAUGCCGACCGCACCGUCUUCCAGGCCAAGGGCAAGACGCUCACCCUGAAGGAGGUCUUCGCAGAGCUCAACCUGCACCCCUACGACCUGACCGUGGACUCCCUGGACGUCCACGCUGGCCGCCAGACCUUCCAGCGCUUCGACAAGUUCAAUGCCAAGUACAACCCGGUGGGUGCCAGCGAGCUGCGUGACCUCUACCUGAAGACGGAGAAUGCCAUCGAUGGCGAGUACUUCGCCACCAUCAUCAAGGAGGUCGGCUCUGACCUGGAGGAUGCCAAGUACCAGUAUGCGGAGCCCCGGCUCUCCAUCUACGGGCGCUCGCCCAGCGAGUGGGACCACCUGGCCACCUGGUUCAACAAGCACCGCGUCUACUCCCCCAACAUGAAGUGGAUGAUCCAGGUGCCCCGCAUCUACGACGUGUUCAGGGCUAAGAACUUCCUCCCGCACUUCGGAAAGAUGCUGGAGAACGUGUUCGUGCCCAUUUUCAAGGCUACCCUCAACCCACGCGCCAAUAAGGAGCUGAGUGUCUUCCUGCGACAUAUCACAGGCUUUGACAGCGUGGACGACGAGUCCAAGCACAGCGGGCACAUGUUCUCCACCAAGAGCCCCAAGCCACAGGAGUGGACGCACGAGAAGAACCCGUCCUACACCUACUACGUGUACUACAUGUAUGCCAACAUCCUGGUGCUCAACAACCUGCGCAGGGAGCGCGGCCUGAACACCUUCCUGUUCCGCCCGCACUGCGGGGAAGCGGGGGCCAUAACGCACCUGCUCGCAGCCUUCAUGACGGCGGACAACAUCUCCCAUGGCCUGAACCUGAAGAAGAGCCCGGUGCUGCAGUAUCUCUACUUCCUGGCCCAGAUCCCCAUCGCCAUGUCCCCGCUCAGCAACAACAGCCUCUUCCUGGAGUACGCCAAGAACCCGCUGCUGGACUUCCACCAGAAGGGCCUGAUGGUGUCCCUGUCCACCGACGACCCCAUGCAGUUCCACUACACCAAGGCAGGCGUGGGGCGGCCGCCGCCCAAGCCUCGCAGGACCUUCCGCUACCUGUCGGAGCGGGACGCAGCCGCCCGCGCCAGUGCCGGCACCAACAUCAGCACCAGCCAGGAGCAGCUGCUGGGGGGGCGGUGUGGCAGCAAGGCGGUGCUGCCCCCCGCCAGUGACCCCGAGCACUGCCCCGCCAGGAGAAUCCGCGGCCGGGCCCAGAGGAAAUCCUUCGAGUUCGAGGAUGUCCAGGACUUCCGCAGUCGGAGGGCGGCUGCCGGCACCCCCAAGGCCCAGGAGACGAACGGCACUGCGGGGUCCAGGCUCUACUACACACAGUCGGAGGACAACCUCUACGAGGACGUUGUCUAUGUUGCCAAAGAAAACCCGUACGAAGACAUCAAAGCGCUGCCUCUGCCGCUGUGGAGGGUGCCCUCGGCCUGGAAGCUGUUCCCGCCUCUGGCCACGGACAAGCCACCCAAGCCACCCCCCAAGCCGCCCUUCUUCGGCCGCAAGACCAUGGAGCUGAAGAACCCCCGCGCCUGCGUGCGCGGGAAGCUGGUGAAGGACACGACCCUGCCCGUCACGCUGAGCGAGUGGAAGCUUGUGGUAAAGAUACAGGAGAUCUUUGAUUCCAAACGCGGGAAGAAGAGGGUGAAGCUGCAGCCUUGCACAGGGAAAGAAGUGCCUGCAUCCAAAGGUGAAACCAGCGGGAACGAAAGUGACUCGGAGAAUCUGCCAAAAGGUCGGCACAAGCGCCUGCUGCAGGUGCAGGUGGCCUCCAAGAGGAACCCGCACUACCAGACGCUGGAGCGGGACCUGAUUGAGCUCCAGGAGCAGCAGCUGUUCGAGCUCUUUGUGGUGGUAUCGCUGCAAAAGAAGUCGGCCGAGGCGAGCUACACGCCGCAGAUCAUACAGCAGUUCCCCAGCAAGCCUGAACAUCCCUUUCGGCAGUCCAAGGACACUGAGGAGCGGCUGAAAGUCAUCCCUGGGUUCUGCUUUCCAGAUCCCAAGGACUGGGUUCCUGCUUCAGAGCUCAAAAGCGAAACCUUCUCCUUCGUGCUGACGGGCGAGGACGGCAGCCGCUGGUUCGGGUACUGCAAGAAGCUCUUGCCGGAAGGGAAAGGGAAGCGACUCCCCGAGGUGUACUGCAUGGUGAGCCGCCUGGGCUGCUUCAACCUCUUCUCCAAGAUCCUGGACGAGGUGGAGAAGAGGCGAGAGCUAUCCCCAGCCCUCGUGCACCCGUUCAUGCGCAGCGUCAUGGAGGCGCCUUUCCCUGCUCCCGGACGCACUAUCGCUGUGAAGAGCUUCCUGCCAGGAGCAGGAAACGAGGUUAUUGAACUGUGUCGCCCGCUGGAUUCCCGGCUCGAACAUGUCGACUUUGAGUGCCUGUUCCAGUGCCUCAGCGUUUGUCACCUCAUUCGCGUCUGCGCCUCUCUCCUGCUGGAAAGGAGAGUGAUCUUUGUUGCAGACAAUCUAAGCACUUUGUCUAAAUGCGGGCACGCUGUGGUUGCAAUGCUUUACCCCUUCACCUGGCAGCACACCUACAUCCCUGUCCUCCCAGCUCCCAUGAUUGACAUUGUCUGCUCUCCCACCCCGUUCCUCAUCGGCAUUCUCUCCUGCUCCCUACCACAGCUUCAGGAUCUGCCCAUAGAGGAGGUACUGAUCGUUGACCUUUGUGCUGACAAGUUUCUGCAAGAGGUAUCGGAUGAGGAUGAAAUCCUACCUCCCAAACUCCAGGCUGCGCUUACCCAGAUUUUGGAGGAGAGAAGUGAAAUUUUAUACCAAGAGCAGAAUGACAUACAAGGCGAUGCAACUCUGGCCUCCCUCGUGUCUGAAGCCUUUGUGUGGUUCUUUGUGGAGAUCGUCGGGCAUUACUCCCUGCACAUGAACGUCACGGAGAAGGGGGAGCGGGUAUUCCAGCGAGAGCCGUUCCGGAAGUCCCAUACCUCGCGCAACGUGCGCCACUUCCUGGACCUGUUCAUGGAGACACAGAUGUUUGCAGGGUUCAUCCAGGACCGGGAGCUCCGCAAGAGCGGGGUCAAAGGCCUGUUUGAGGUCCGUGCCUUUGAGUAUUUGGAGGCCAUUCCCGAGACUGAACCAAGCGGGAUGAACAAAAUUCUCCGCAGUCUGGGUAAGUUCUGCCUUGCUCGUCUAUGUGUUCAUGCUGAUUACGUUUAUGCUCUGGCCGCCGGCCGGAGGCUCGGCAUCUCUGCGUGCGCGGGGGAGAUCUGGUCCGCCCAGACCGCGCGCGCCGGCAGAGGGCAGGGCGAGAAGCCUCGACGGCUGGACUGA